UGAAGAGGGUGGUAAGGGGCGGUAGCGUCCUGUGGUGGCGUCUCAAAUUCCAAGAAACUUGUUCGUGACAGUUCAUGAGUUUCAACUGCAUGUUAUUGAACAUGGGCGAACCUCAAAAUAUCCCAAACUCGAGUGACAAAAUGGAAAAUAUGGAAAAGGGGGUUGAAUCGCUAUCGAUAGAGGAAGAGUUUGUAAUGAAAAAACCUACUUGCCUUAUUGUACUCGGAAUGGCUGGUUCUGGCAAAACAACUUUUGUGAAAAGAAUUGUUUCUAAAUUAUUUGAAACUAGCAAACCGUAUGUCAUUAAUUUAGAUCCCGCUUGUGCAGAAGUUCCUUAUCCAACUAAUAUUGAUAUUAGAGAUACAGUGAAUUACAAAGAAGUCAUGAAACAAUAUAAUCUGGGUCCUAAUGGUGGCAUCGUUACAACAUUGAACCUGUUUGCAACAAAGUUUGAUCAGGUUAUGGACCUAAUUGAAAAGGCAGGAAAGGAGCACGAUUAUGUAGUAUUGGACACCCCGGGACAGAUAGAAGUAUUCACAUGGUCGGCGAGUGGAGGAAUUAUAACGGACACUCUAGCUUCUCAAUUUCCCACGAUUAUCAUAUAUGUGAUGGACACUACCAAAAGUGUUAAUCCUGUUACAUUUAUGUCUAAUAUGCUGUAUGGUUGCUCGAUCAUCUAUAAAACAAAAUUACCAUUUGUUAUUGUAAUGAACAAGACUGAUGUUAUUGACCACAAAUAUGCAGUUGAAUGGAUGCGCGAUUUUGAGUCCUUCCAAGAAGCUCUUGAUUCUGAAACCAAUUACAUCGGUAAUCUAACCCGCAGUAUGGCCCUUGCACUAGAUGAGUUUUAUCAUGAUCUUCGUAAUUGUGGCGUGUCUGCAUUAACUGGAGCUGGAAUACCUGAAUUUUUUAAACAUGUAGAAGAAGCUGAAAAGGAAUAUGUAGAAAUUUAUAGAAGAGAGUGGGAGUACCGGAAAAGGAAGCAACGGGAAGAAAAAGAAGCAAAGAAGAAGCAACUUUCCAAUGUUGCCAAAAAUGAGGGGAGCUCAUCACUUGUAUCUUCAGUGAGCAGUGGGAGAGAGAUCUCUGAUGUUUACUUAAAACAUCCUGGCAACGAAUCGAGUUCAGAUGAUGAAGGUACUGAAAAUGUGAUGGGACAAGAAGACCCAGAGAAACGCGAAGAAGAAUCAUUUAAUGAGUUCAUACAAAGUAGAAAACAAGACCAAGAAAACCGUGCUUCCCAGCAACAUCAGAUCUCAAGUUCGUCUAAAGAUUCACUUCCAUGAAACUAGUAUCAUGUUCAUUUUAAUAAUGAAAACGUCACAGUUAGGAUGGAUUUCUACUAUAAGUAUAAAUUUUAAAAACGGUAAAUUUCAUACAUAGAGAUAUGAAUCACAAAGGUAAACCGAAAUCAAAAUUCGAGGAUACCGUGUAUAAGAUUACGGCCGUACACUCCCCUACCUAAUUUAAAUAUACAGGUUAAGACUCAGAGAGGCUCAGACGUCCGGAUUAAGAACCUUACCAAACCCAAAGAAUUGGUCACCUCAAUAAGUUCUAUUGUUUUCUUUCACCCACACUCUGAUUUUUAAGUUAAAGGCAUGACUCAUACUUCCAGCAACAUAAAUUUACAUAUAUUAAAUGUUAAUCUACAUCUAUUAUUCUUUUAUUUUAUCGGUUCUACUAUUCGUCAUUUGAUUAACGAGAUACCCACCGAGUACUUAUUUUCGACACACCUUGAAUAAUGUUAAAAUUGUUUAAGAAAAUGUUAGACUGCAGGGACAAAUAUUACAAGGAAAAUUUUAAAAUAAUUUUCCUAGAAUCAAGUCUGUUUUUAAUCAAGUUUAGAAAUAUUAUUAUACGUACAUGUAAGAGAUUUAGUGUAAGCAGAAUGGAUGGAUUUUACUUAUUUUCAGCAUAAUAUUAAAAAUGAUAUAAAUAUAGCCAUUC